CGUUGUACACAACAACCGUUCUCUUAAUACAUCCCAUACAUCAACUGCUACAUUUACUUUAUUUGAGCCAGCCACCACUGAUAUUUUAGCCAAUCUUUCCGCACUUUUGUCUGCAUUCAUUGUUCAACAAUCCAGUUGUUUUAGAUUGCAGCCAUGCCUCUUCCAGACACGAUGUACUGUGCCCAGCAAAUCCACAUCCCUCCCCAGCUGCCAGACAUCCUCAAAAACUUCACUAAGGCAGCCAUCCGUACACAGCCCAAGGAUUUGCUGCUCUGGUCUGCAGCUUACUUCAGUGCGCUGUCUAAAGGAGAGUGUCUGCCCGUCAAGGACAGACUGGAGAUGAAUGUUGCCACCCAGAAGACAGACACUGGGCUGUCUCCAGGUCUACUGAAGAUUCUCCAUAAACAGCUGUCCCCCAGGGAAACAUGCAGCAAGGAGGAACUGCAGAAGAAAUGGAAGGGUCUGUGUCUACCCAUGGAUCAGCUGGAGACCCUGCUGUCGCUGGGAAGCUUUGGCUCAGACAUUAACUGGAUGGAGUUUUUCGCCCUGGGCUGCAGUGCUCUGGGAGGGACCCUUGUGAGUUCUCUGAAGUUUGCCUGUGAGAUCCUGACAGAGGAUGACGAGGGUGGCGCUGCUAGUAUCCCGUUCAACACCUUUGGCCAACUCUAUACCUACCUGGCUCACCUGGACGGGGACAUGCCACAGGAUCACAUUGACAACUUCCUCCGCAGCCUACAGGCACAAGCGGAACUCCAACAUGGCAUGAUAAAACCUCUGGACUUUAUCCAUCGGGAUGAUAUGGACUCGUCAAACGUUUCCAGAGCAACCUUUUCUGGAGCUGAAUAAGGACUAUGAAAGAGAAAUUAUAAAGCACUAUGUUUAACAGGGAAAGAUGAACUUAACCCUAAACAAAUCUGCUGGUGAGUGCAGGGUGCAGCAUGUGUAUGUUGGUGUGACCAAAAGAGAGAUUCAGCUGGAUGCGCCUGCCACUACACUGUAUCUCAUGUAACUAAUGUGCUAGAAUCAUGGACAUCAUGCCAUCGACAUCACCCAAGGGAUGUCUUAACGGAGGGGGGUGGGGGUAAUUUAGGUUUACAACUCACCAUAAUUUUAAAGUUGAGGUGGGAUGAACCAGCAGAAAGCUCCAGGGCUGCCUAUGACAGGCACCUGUCAAUCAAGCAAACACCCCCCCAAAGCAUUUUUGUCUUUGAGCCUCAUUAUCAUGGAACAAUGAUCUCACAAUUCCCACUGUGACACACAUUGGCAGAUGUAGAUAAGACCUGAAUUACUAGUGGAAAAAAUAAAUAAUUACUUUGUAUUUUGAGAGAGAAGUUGGAGGAGGUUCCCAUUAAUUUCAACACAUACUGGGAUUUCUUGGAGCCAGUAUCCUGCAGCCAUUAGAGAAACUGCACCUCUGCGAUGGCUCCACCACUCUGCCUCACCAUUACAGUGGGGUUAUGUGUGUGUAAGAGUGGCCUCAUUUGCUUAACAGUAUAGAUUGUCUAAUUCUAUUUCAUGUUUUUGUGUAUUUAUUAUUAAUAUUGAUUAGGGUCUAACACCAAAUGUGGAAUAUGCUAACAAUACAUGAAGUUGAUUUGUCCAAGCUGUAUUUUGGAGUUGUUUUUACACACAUGAACACACAUCACAAAAAU